AUGCUUUACCCUUCUCUGUUCCGUUUUGGCUUUGCCAUAGGAGCUCUCGCCAGUCAUGGCCACGAGGCACCCGCACACCCCAAUGAUGACCUUACUGACACUCCCCUCCCCAUUGUCGUUUGGCACGGUCUAGGCGACCAGUUCAACAGCGACGGCAUGAAGAGUAUCGAAGAACUUGCUGAGGCCAUCAAUCCUGGUACUUUUGUUCACAUCAUUUCCCUUGAUGAGGACCCCAACCAAGAUCGCUCUGCUACCUUUACUGGUAACGUUACGGAUCAGAUCAGCAGGGUCUGUGAAGAACUUGCCAAGCACCCAAUCCUCUCUACAGCACCCGCUAUCGAUGCCAUCGGUAUUUCUCAGGGUGGCCAGUUCCUGCGUGGUUAUAUUGAACGAUGCAAUUGGCCCCAAGUCCGCAGUCUUGUUACCUUUGGCAGUCAGCACAAUGGUAUCGUCAAGUUCAAGGCUUGUGGUCAGAACGACUGGCUUUGCAAGGGUGCCAUGGCUCUUCUUCGAUUUAAUGUCUGGAGCAGCUUUGUUCAAUCACGUCUCGUUCCAGCCCAAUACUACCGCGAUCCCAGUACCGAACAGGAUUACAACAACUACCUCGAAAACUCCAACUUUCUUGCCGACAUCAACAACGAGCGUGAGCUCAAGAAUUUCAAGUACAAGGCAAACCUUGGUAGCUUGACCAACUUUGUCAUGUGGAUGUUUGAGGAUGAUAACCUUGUUGUUCCCAAGGAAUCGGCAUGGUUUGAGGAAGUUAAUGGCACAGAGAGCAUUCCCCUCCGAGCUCGCAAGCUCUACCAAGAGGACUGGCUUGGUCUUCGAGGUUUGGAUCGCAAUGGCGGCCUUCACUUCCGAAGCGCCCCUGGCGAUCAUCUCCAAGGUAUGGAGGAAUUGCUCAACCAAACCAUCACCGACUACUUUGGUCCUUGGAAGCGAAGCUUUUCGUCGCCUGAUAUCGAGUUUGAGGGGAAAGCCUGGAAGGUGGAGGAGUUGUAG